AUGUUUAUUGGUUCAGCCCAGAGGCUUAAGAAAAAUGAAACCGAACUUAAUAAGUGCAAAUUGUUGGAAGUAACAAAGGGAGCUCAAACUUGGCUGAAGGCUGAAAUAGAUGGACGAGAUGGACUAGUACCACUUAACUACGUCCAACCUAAAGAUAAUUCCUGGUAUGCCGGGAAACUGAAGAGAAACAUGGCGGAAGAAUACUUGGCAAUCAUGCCUAAUGAUGGUGCCUUCUUAAUAAGAGAGUCAGAAAGCACUCCUGGAGACUUCUCUCUCUCAGUAAAGUAUAAAAAUAAUGUACAGCAUUUCAAAGUUCUAAGAGACGGUAUUGGAAAAUAUUUCCUUUGGGUGGUGAAAUUCAAUUCAUUAAACCAACUUGUCGAUUAUCAUCGGACAUCCUCUGUCAGCAGAACACAGGUAUGACAGAAAAAACACAGACUUUGUACCUCCGGAUAA